AUGAGCGAUCUGCAUACUUCAUUAUUGAAUAAUGAUAUGAAUUUUGAUUAGUUAUAUGAAGUAAAAUUAGUUGAUAAUAUAAAGAUUGUUAGAUAAGAAUUGGUUGAAUUUUAAAAAAAUGUAGAUGAGUUGUAAGUUUUAGGAGAAAGCGAAAUUGAUUAACAAAAUGUGAAUUAAGUGUUUUAGGCAUUAAAAACAAUUUAAUUGCAAUAAUUGAACAUUAAAGAAAAGAUAAUAAAAUUAGAACAAGUACAUUAAACAAUAACACAAAGUAAUCGCGAGGUGUCGAAUAAAGAAACAAAACUAAAAAAUUAAGAGAUUUAUAUACAAGUCAUUUAUAAAGAUAAUAGUAAUUGUACAAGAAUAUGAUUAAUGAUUGUGGAUAUGAACCACUUAAAGAUGUAUUAAAAGAAAUAGAUAAAAUGAUGAAAUUAUCAUCUAAGUAAGAUGUGUAAAAUUAUACUUUAAAUUCAUAAAUUUAAUCAAAAUAAUCAACUAUAGAAACUAAUAGAACUUAAUCUUAAAUGUAAUUAUUAGAAAUAGAACCACUCUAAUAAUCUGAACAUUUAGAUUGGAAUAAUCAAAUUCUUAAACAAAAUUAAGAAGAUAUAGAUUAAAUUCAAAUAAAGACACAAACCAUAAAUAAAAUUGUAUAGGAUUUAGCAUUAGAAGUAGAACAUCAAGAUACUUUCUUUGAUAUUAUUGAAACUAAUGUUAAUAAAACUAAAGAAAUUGUUAUUAAGACAUAAGAUGAAUUAGAAAAAACAUAAGAAUAAUAAAAAUCAGGAAAGAAAAAGUUAUGGUGUAUGCUUAUCUGUGCAUUUAUAACUUUUUUAGUUUUCCUUUUAAUUUUAUUAUUGUGA